GCCACAUACGGAGUAGGGAGACGAGACAGGGAAGCAGCACCUUGCCCUUCACGCUUCUGUCCUUUCCGCAAACCGGGAAGGCGUGGGGGAGGCCUGUGAUGGUGGACUUCCCCCUUCAGGUUUUCAGACAUGGCUGUCCACUGCUUGCCUGUCCCCACAGCUCUUCCUGCAGACUCUUUUUUCCUGAGGAUCCUGUUAAGAUUGUCCAGGGCCACGGGCAGUACAUGUACGACGAGCAAGGGGCAGAGUACCUCGACUGCAUCAACAACGUGGCUCACGUGGGGCACUGCCACCCUCUCGUGGUCCAAGCAGCACAUGAACAGAACCAGGUGCUCAACACCAACAGCCGAUACCUGCAUGACAACAUCGUGGAUUACGCGCAGAGGCUGUCAGAGACCCUGCCGGAGCAGCUCUGUGUGUUUUAUUUCCUGAAUUCUGGGUCAGAAGCCAACGACCUAGCCCUGAGGCUGGCCCGCCAGUACACAGGACACCAAGACGUGGUGGUGUUAGACCAUGCCUACCACGGUCACCUGAGCUCCCUGAUUGACAUCAGUCCCUACAAGUUCCACAACCUGGACGGCCAGAAGGAGUGGGUCCACGUGGCACCUCUUCCAGACACCUACCGAGGCCCCUACCGGGAGGACCACCCCAAUCCAGCUGUGGCCUAUGCCAACGAGGUGAAACGCGUGGUCAGCAGUGCACAGGAGAAGGGCAGGAAGAUUGCAGCCUUCUUCGCUGAGUCUCUGCCCAGUGUGGGAGGGCAGGUCGUCCCCCCUGCCGGCUACUUCUCCCAAGUGGCAGAGCACAUCCACAGGGCUGGAGGGGUCUUUGUCGCAGAUGAGAUCCAGGUUGGCUUUGGCCGAGUAGGCAAGCACUUCUGGGCCUUCCAGCUGCAGGGAGAAGACUUUGUCCCUGACAUUGUUACCAUGGGCAAGUCCAUUGGCAACGGCCACCCUCUUGCCUGUGUGGCCACAACCCAGCCUGUGGCAAGGGCAUUUGAAGCCACCGGUGUCGAGUACUUCAACACGUUUGGGGGAAGCCCAGUGUCCUGCGCUGUGGGGCUGGCCGUCCUGGACGUCUUAGAGAAGGAGCAGCUCCAGGCUCAUGCCGCCCAUGUGGGCAGCUUCCUGAUCGAGCUUCUCAGGCAGCAAAAGGCCAAACAUCCCAUCAUCGGGGACAUCAGGGGUGUUGGGCUCUUCGUCGGUGUGGAUCUGAUCAAAGAUGAAGCCACAAGGACACCAGCAAUGGAAGAGGCUGACUACUUGGUAUCCAGGCUGAAGGAGAACUACAUUUUGCUGAGCACAGAUGGCCCUGGAAGGAACGUCCUGAAGUUUAAGCCCCCGAUGUGCUUCAGCCUGGACAAUGCACAACACGUGGUGGCAAAGCUGGAUGCCAUUCUGACUGACAUGGAAGAGAAGGUGAGAAGCUGUGAAACACUGAGGCUCCAGCCCUGAACCAGCCCUGCUCAGUCGAGUGUCCUCCAGAAAUUCAUCUCACCCAAAUACUCUGUUGAGAAGGUGACCCUGACCUCCAUCUUGCAGAUAAAGCUCUGAGGCUCAGGGUGCAUGAGGGUACCCACACCCUCCUCCACUGGUUUGCUGUUGGGGUAGGCCAGAUGUCCACAUCUCCCCAGGUCCCAAAGAGUCAAUUUCCUUUUGGCCCAAAAAUCUGCCCACUGAGGGCAGGAUGGGAACGGGGACUGAAGUACUCCUGCUUAAAUACAUCCCAACACUGUAUUUUUAAACAAAGUCCCCUGAUACACACUCCCAUUAAACAUAACACAUUUUACAUUGUAUCCCCACAUAAACAUAAGCCUUUAAUUGGCAAAUUACCCCUACCAAGUGAUACAAUCUGAUGUU